AUGUCACCCGUUCUUGGCGUCUCAUUGCGAGGCGAAGCCGCGAAGGCGCGCACGGACUUGGACCCGAACCACUCUUUUGAGGAUCACGUGUGGGUAUUGGCCUUGGCACGCUGUUACAUAAGAUGGGUCCUUGAGGACCUUAUGGUGGAGAAACUGACCGUGUCGCGUUGCAUCACCAAGACGGAAACCAGCCCAUCUUUCCUCAUCCAACAUAAAGGAAACAUAACGUCCUCUAUGACUCUGCACGAAUACGCCAACUCCUCUUCCAACAUUCAAGGAAUAAAAGAACAGUCCUCGAAAACACCUGACAAAAUGGCCGGCACCGAAUCCGAUCUUAAGAAGGCAAAGCAGGCUCGCGCCGCACACGCCCGCGAGGUCAGAGCCGCGAACAAGGCUAAGAAGGUGAAGCUCAAGGCAGCCAGGGUGGCGCUCAUGGCACGCGCCCGCGCCGCAAAGAAGGCCUGAUCGCCUUCCAAUUCAAUCAUUUCUUCAUGUCUAUCGAGACACAUAUCCGACGUCGAAGAUUCGACUGAUCGAUUGCCCGAUGCUUCUGCAACUGCACAAAAUACACUACUGGGUUUUGCGAAGCUGCAAGUUCAGCGCCGAAAAGGAAGCCCGGAAAUGCGACACAUGGAGUACAAGCGUUCUUCAAGAUUCAUGAAACAAACCUCCCUGCCUGAUGCCCUAACUUGAAACUUAGGUGUCGUCGUUGGCAAUAUUUAUGAGAACCUGACGCAUCUGACAACAUCGCUGUCGUAGUAAAGAUAAAUGAAGCAGGGAAACCCUACGGAGUAGGCGUGGCUUGCAUCGGAGUGGUAUUGCAGCACUAUGGAAACACUGGAACUCAGGGCCUCACAAGCUCUCGACGCAUCAUGUAAACUAGUUGUGAAUUCAAUGAUCAUUUCUUCGAAUCAAACUCGAUUGCCC